AUGUUGAUGAAUUACUCUAGUGCCACUGAAUUUUGUCUCCUUGGUUUCCCUGGCUCUGAAGAACUACAUUAUAUCCUUUUUGCUAUAUUCUUCUUUUUCUACUUGGUGACAUUAAUGGGAAACACAGUGAUCAUCGUGACUGUCUGUGUGGAUAAACGUCUGCAGUCCCCCAUGUAUUUCCUCCCCGGCCACCUAUCUGCCCUGGAGAUCCUGGUCACAACCAUAAUCGUCCCCGGGAUGCUUUUGGGAUUGCUGUUCCCUGGGAUGCAGACAGUAUCUUUGUCUGCCUGUGUUGUCCAGCUCUUCCUGUACCUUUCUAUGGGGACAUUACUUGGAGCAAUGGCUGUGGACUGUUAUAUGGCUGUGUGUAACCCUUUGAGGUGCAACAUCAUUAUGAACAGACACACCUGCAACUUUGUGGUUCUUGUGUCAUGGGUGUUUGGGUUUCUUUUUCAAAUCUGGGCAGUCUACGUCAUGCUUCAGCUUACUUACUACAAAUCAAAUGUGGUGAACAAUUUUUUCUGUGACCGAGAAUUGUUCAAACUAUCCUGCAAUAAUACUUUUUUCACGGAGUUUAUCCUCUUCUUAACGGCUGUUGUUCUCUUUGGUUCUUUGAUCCCUACAAUUGUCUCCUACACCUACAUCAUCUCCACCAUUCUCAAGAUCCUGUCAGUUUCUGGCCAGAGGAAAUCCUUCUCCACUCAUGCCUCCCACUUCACCUGUGUUGUGAUCAGCUACGGCAGCUGCUUGUUUCUCUACUUGAAACCCAAGCAAAUGCAGGCAGCUGAUUACAAUCGGGUAGUUUCCUUGAUGGUUUCAGCAGUAACUCCUUUCCUCAAUCCUUUCAUCUUCACCCUCCGGAAUGAUAAAGUCAUAGAGGCUCUUUGGGACGGGGUAAAAUGCUGCUGUCAACUAUUCAGGAAUUAG